CAGUGUUGUUCAGGGGGUGGGGGUGGGGGGUCAGUUUGUGCGCGGUGAUGGUGCGUGACGUCACGAUCUUCCAGCAUUAGGCGGCAGCAGCGGCAGAAAACCAGGAUCGCGCAUCUUCCUCCUCCUCUUCUCACUUGAGCCACCACCACUACCGACACCGGCUGUCCCUUUCGCCUCGCCGUCCACAAGGCUCUCUGCUCCGGCCGCCAACAUGCGCUCCUCUUCGGCCCUGCUCACGAUGCUCCUGGCGGGUCUCGCGGUCGCCGCGUCCUCCCUGGAGGUGUUCGACAACCAGCUGGGCGACAUCAGCUUCUGCAAGAAGCAAUGCCAGCUCGCCAUCAAAAACAAAGGCCCCGCAAAUGACUCCAUAAUGAACGCCUGUCACCGCGGCUGUCGUCUCUACUCCAUCUGCCAGUUUGUCAACGGCAACGCUGGCUUUAACACCAGCAAGGAUGAGUGUCAAGGAGCAUGCCAGGAGGCUUACGUCAAACUCAUGGAACAAGACGCGUGCAGCACCGGCUGCGCUAGCCAGCCCUCCGAACCCGAAAUCCAAAGGAGGAAGCUCAAGGCCAUGACCCUGCGCCCCAAGCCGCCUUCCGUCAUGGAGGCCGUGUCUAGCUGGUGCAACGACAUUGUCAGCUCCGCCCAGAGCUUCAUCUCCUCCACUUGGACCUUCUACCUGCAGGCCGACGAUGGCAAGGUCGUCGUUUUCCAGAGCCAACCGGAGAUGGAGUAUUCUCUUCCCGAGCUGCAGGCUCCUCGCUCCGUGGCCGACAGCCCUUGGCCUCAGGUGCACUCGCACACACAGAAGCCUCACGGUGCAAGGGGGCGUGGCGAGAAAGCGGGAUCCAAAGCAGGAAGCAGAGGCAAACAUCAGGUGCAACAUGCCGACGAGAGCGUCGCCGCCGCCGCUGAGCAUGACUUCCUGGGCUGCAUGUCCAGGCGUUCAGGUCUGCCCCGAUGGAUUUUGGCGGCAUGCCUCUUUCUGUCCAUCAUGGUCAUGCUAUGGCUCAGUUGCGCCAGUCUGGUCACCGCACCCGACCAGCACAUCAAGACACAGCUGAGCAUCAACGGCGACAAAGAGUUCCUGGACAACGCCCGGGCGAAGGUGAAUCCGUACCACUUGAGCCCGCUGCCGGCUGUCAGCGUCAAGCGGGCGCUGGUCGAGGAUAGUCAGGAGGCGGGGCCUCUGCCGGUCAAGGUCGACCUCGACAAGACGCGUGUCUAGAAGCUUUUGGGAUUCCCUUCACUCAGUCACUGGAUCCCCCCCCCCCGACCCCCUCCAAUAAGGAGCACGACAUCCUCAGAGUCAUUUUAUCCCAUUAUUAUUAUUAUCCUCCAUCACUGGAUGUUAUUUGACUGGAAGGCCAGUCUGAGAUCUUCCAUGAUGUUUCGAGAUUCAUUGUGCACUUUCGCCCCAUUCUCAGCCAUGUGCAUUGAAGUGGCCAGGUACGAUCAUCAUCUUUUCUCCUGCAGAAUGAACUGGCGACGUGUGACUGAAAUGAGCAGAAAGUAUUGUAUUUAUUCCCAAUGACUGAAGUGCCGUGCAAAGUCAUUGAGCUGCUUGUAAUAUACAUUGUAACCUAGAGAAAGUAUUAUUUACCAAGGGGUAUUUGCGCCGCACCGAAAAGAAAAUACACAUCUGACGAGAGAAAGUCAUAGUUGCAAUUUUGCAAGAAAAGUCAGCAUUUUUUUUUUUUU